AUGGAUGCAGAGAACGAGUACGAAAUAAAGAAAGUUCGUGAUGCCAUACAAACGAUAGAGACUAUCCAGUCCAUGAUCGACGUUUCAGCUGAAAGACUUGAGGGUUUGCGGACACAAUGCUCGACGAGCGCAGAGCUGACGCAGCAGGAGAUCCGGACCCUGGAGGGCAAGCUGGUGAAACACUUCUCCCGACAGCUGGUGAUCAAGGCCAGCUUCGGUGAGGAGUUGCGGCGUAAGCUCGGCGAUGUGCCGCGACUUGCGCAAUGGCUCAGGGUCGUGGGCUUGAGCCCCGAUUCUAUUACGGCGGUAUGUUCCCGCGUGGCGUCGUUGGAGACGCUGCGGGAACGCUCCGACCACGAGAUGCGCGCGCUGCUGGCCGGCGCGCGCGACGAGGAGGUGCUGCGACUCUGUCGCGCCAUGCAGCGGCUCAGGACUUAUAUAGAGGCACUAGGGCGCGGCGAGGGCGGCGCGGAGCUGCAGUUGUUCUGGGACUCGUGGGAGCGCACCGUGCGCGCCUCGCCGCGGGCGCCGCGCGCGCGACACGCCAACGCGGACCAUCACGGCACGCCGCACAACAAGAAAGGUGGCAAAUCUCCCCCCACUCCUGUAGCGAAGCGAAAACAACCGAGCACUCUGCCCCCUCCCGCGGCACUCACCAAGUCGAGGUCACAUGAGUCACAACUAUCUGUCAGACCAGACGCUUCAGACCUUAGUGACAACAGUCAGUCCUCAGCGGUGGGUACGUCAGAAGUGACGCCCCCCGCCUCCCCGCACGACACCGAGUCCGAGCACACGCCGCUCCACCGCCCUCUACCGUACCACAACAACAACACGGGGGCGGGCGUGGCGCCACGCUCCCCGCGCACGCCGACCGUGAGCCGCUGCAUGGCGCACGACAUCGCGCACCGGUUCACCAAGACCAUGCUCAUUGCCACCUGCGACUACUGCGACAAACAGAUGUUCGGCUCCGCGCUCAAGUGCAAGGAGUGCAAGUUCAAGUGUCACAGAGACUGCGAAAGUAAAGUACCUCCGUCAUGCGGCCUACCACCUGAAUUUGUGGACGUUUUCAAAGAAAAGUUUCACAAAGAUGGUGGGUACUACGGGUACGUGUCGGGGCGCGGCGCGGGCAUCCUGUCCUCGCUCACGCACCGCCGCCGGCCGCCGCCCGCCUCGCACCACGCCGGUGGUCCAGACUCGUCGUCGAACACGUCGUCGUGCAACAGUUCGACCCCGUCGUCCCCGGCGCUGGCCCCGCCCCUGACCCCGCACCACCCCCACCACCACCCGCACCAUCCCCACCACCCCCACCACCCACACCAUCCGCACCAUCCGCCCACCACUAAACAACAGUUUCAUUUCCCAGAACUAAAGCCAGUGGUAUCUAGUCCUAACCACGUGUCGGUGCAGUCGCCGUCGAGACAACAAGACAACAAGGAAGACCUCACUACUAGCGUGCAAAGUGGCGACAGUUCCCGCUGCGUGUCCCUGUCGGGCUCGACGGACAGCGGCGGCUGCCCGCGCGGGGACUCCUUCGACCUGUCGCACAAACACGGAGACUCGCGCUGGCCGCGGCAGAAUAGUUUAUCAAUGAAAGAGUGGGACAUCCCGUACGACGAGCUGAAGCUGUUCGAAGUGAUAGGCACGGGCCGCUUCGGUACUGUCUACCGCGGCAGUUGGCACGGAGCCGUCGCCGUCAAACUAUUGCACGUGCUCAGCGACGACUGUGUACCACUGGAUACUUUUAAACAUGAGGUGGCAACCUUCCGCAAAACUCGUCAUGAGAACUUGGUCCUGUUCAUGGGCGCGUGUAUGAAGCCGCCGCGGCUGGCCAUCGUGACGUCACUGUGUAAGGGCAUGACUCUGUACACCCACAUCCAUCUCCGCAAGGACAAGUUCACCGCCAACAAGAGCGUACUCGUCGCACAGCAGAUAUCACAGGGUAUGGGCUACCUACACGCGCGAGGCAUCAUCCACAAAGACCUGAAGACGAAGAAUAUAUUCUUAGAAAACGGCAAAGUAGUGAUCACAGAUUUUGGUCUCUUCAGCGUUACCAAACUGUGUUUUGGAAACAAGUUAGUACAAAGCCUCCGCGGCGACAGCCUGGGUAUCCCGGCGGGAUGGCUGUGUUACCUGGCGCCGGAGUUGUGUCGCGCGCUCACUCCGCACGCCUCAUUACAUCUGCCCUUCUCCAAGGCCACGGACGUAUACGCGUUUGGCACGGUGUGGUAUGAGUUGUUAUGCGGAGAGUAUCCGUUCAAGAGUCAGCCGCCGGAGGCAGUCAUCUGGCAGGUCGGGAAAGGCGUCAAGCAAUCUUUAGCCAAUAUGCAAGCUUCUAGAGAUAUUAAGGACAUACUAAUGCUAUGCUGGUCGUACCGGUCCUCUGAGCGGCCCGACUUCCCCCACCUGCUGACGACGCUGCAGAAGCUGCCCCGCAAGCGCCUGGCGCGGUCGCCGUCGCACCCGGUGCACCUGUCGCGCUCGGCCGACUCCGUGUUCUGA